GCCCGAUUCAGUGUCGCUCAGUCGCACCCGCCGGCAAUUCCAGGUGCUUCAUUACAACGCUGAAGAGCCGAGAACUUGACGGGGUCCGGACAGAUUUUUCUUCUUAGGUAUAUUGCCUCAAGUUUAAUGAAAAGAAUUGUGAUCAGCUAGAAUUUGAUGCAAGGAAUGGAAUUAUCUCAUAGCUUAUUGCUAAAUGAAGAAGCGUACAAUCAACUAGGUGAAGUUCAGAAGGCUGAGUUUAUUUUUGAGUGGUUGAGAUACUUGGAGAAGCUCUUGCUAUCAACCAGCCGGAGUGAUGUAAGGGAGAAACAGAAGACUCUUGUUGAACAACUCCUAUCCUUGUUGAACAGCUCCCCAGGGCCUCCAACUCGUAAACUUCUUGCUAAGAACCUAGCUGUACUUUAUAGUAUUGGAGAUACAUUCUCUGUUUAUGAGACAAUCGAUAAAUGUAAUGAUCUUAUUCGUAGCAAAGAUGAUUCUCCAAGUUAUCUUCCCACCAAACUUGCUGCUGUGGUAUGUUUGGGUUCCUUGUAUAAGAAGCUGGGUAGAAUACUGGGUAACACCUUUACUGAUACAGUGGGAAAUAUUCUUAAAGCUAUGAAGAGUGCAGAGUCUCAAGGUAGAUAUGAAAUUAUGCUGAGUCUGCAAAAUAUAUUGAAUGGAGUAGGAGCUGCUGCUGCACCUUGCCAUAGGGAUGUUUAUAAAGCUGCUAAAUCUUGCUUAACAGAUAGAUCCAUGGCUGUUCGCUGUGCUGCUGCAAAGUGUCUUCUUGAACUUCAGAAUGAGGCCAUCUUUAUGUGGAGUACAGACCUGGACAGUGUGGCCACACUAUGUUUUAAGUCAUUUGAAGGUUCCAAUUACGAUGUGAGGAUUUCAGUUUCAAAACUGUUGGGCACAAUAUUGGCUAAAGCUAUAAUUUCUAAACAUCCAGGAGCAGCAGCCUCACGUCAAAGCAUUCGCAGAGUAUCUCUGGAGGAAGUUCUGGAAUUACUAGGAACAGGGUUUCUACGUGGGAGUUCAGGAUUUCUUCGAGCCAGUGGAGAUAUGCUGAAAGGAACCAGUUCAGUCAGUAGGGAUGUUCGAGUUGGAGUUACUCAGGCUUACGUGGUAUUUGUUUCAACAUUAGGAGGAGCUUGGCUAGAGAAAAAUUUUGCCAUCUUUCUUUCUCAUAUCCUAAGCCUUGUGUCACAGUCACAUCCUAAAGCCACUCAAACUCAGAUUGAUGCUGUCUGCUGCCGCCGAUGUAUUUCAUUCAUCCUUCGAGCUACUAUAGGAGGCCUUCUCGGAGAAAAGGCUCAAAUUGCUGCUGCAAAGGAAAUCUGCCAGGCCAUCUGGAAACUAAAGAAAGUUAUGGAUGCUGUAUUGAGUGAUAGUAAUUUGGAAACCCGGCUCAGUUCCACAGAUACAGCAGCCAGCCAGCAUAUGCUGGUAUGUGCUUUACAAGAACUCGGAAAUCUCAUUCAUAGUCUGGGCACCACAGCCGCACCUUUGCUGCAGGAUUCCAGUGCAGGCCUUCUUGACAGCGUCAUUUCAGUUAUUCCUCAUCCUAGCACUUCUGUUCGACUCGCAGCAGCUUGGUGUUUGCACUGUAUUGCUGUGGCAUUACCUUCCUACCUAACACCUCUUGUAGAUCAUUGUCUUGAACGACUUACUGUACUUAAGUCUUCACCUGAAGCAGUGACUGGCUUUAGUUUUGCUGUAGCAGCUUUGCUAGGAGCAGUGAAACAUUGCCCUUUAGGAAUUCCUCAUGGAAAGGGCAAGAUUAUUAUGACAUUAGCAGAGGAUUUGCUGUGUUCUGCUGCUCAAAAUAGUCGCCUGUCGGCCCAGCGCACACAAGCUGGAUGGUUGUUGAUAGCUGCUCUGAUGACAUUAGGUCCUGCAGUUGUCAGUCAUCACCUAGCUCGAGUUCUGCUGUUGUGGAAAUGUGUCUUUCCAGCAGCUUCUAAAGAUCUAGAAACAGAAAAGAGCCGAGGAGAUUCAUUUACAUGGCAAGUAACCCUGGAAGGACGAGCUGGUGCUCUCUCUGCUGUCAAGAGUUUUGUUUCCCACUGUGGUGAACUCCUUACUGAGGAGAUAAUUCAGCGCCUUCUUCCUCCACUUCCUUGUGCUGUGGAUUUGCUAACUCAGUAAGGAUCAGCUAUUUAGGUUGAUAAAAUUUUCUAAGAUCAAUUAGGUAUUCUUUGAUUAUGUAAUAUCCUUAAG